AUGUCUAACUUUGUAGGUAGAAUGAAUCAACAAACUGGUCAGUUGGAGUGGGUUAAACAAGAAGAUGACCACGAUUACUAUCUGGAAAUUUCACGGUCACUAUAUGGAGAUAUGUUACACGAUAAGGAAAGGAAUGUUCAAUAUGAUCAAGCAAUUCAGAAGGCUGUCCAGGCUUAUUUAGAUGUAAAUCCUUCCUCGUCUUCAUGUAAUGUCCUUGAUAUCGGUACUGGUACAGGGUUAUUAGCACUUAUGGCAGCUAGAGCUGGUGCAAAAAAGAUCUAUGCAUGUGAGGCAUUUCAACCGAUGGCUCAAUUAGCUCAAAAAAUUAUAACUGAAAAUCGAUAUCAAGAUAAUAUCAAAAUUAUACAGAAAAGAUCAACUUCAAUGACAGCAGAUGACGAUAUGGAUGGUUGCAAAGCUGAUUUGAUAGUGAUGGAGAUAUUUGAUAGCGAGCUUAUUGGUGAAGGAGUCCUUGGUACGAUGUUGCAUGCGCAACAAAACCUAGUUAAGCCUAAUUGCGUUAGUGUACCAGCAGCUGCAAAGAUAUAUGUUCAGGCAUGUGAGAGCAAGUUUCUGCAAAAGUGCUGUAAUUUAAAUCCAGUCAAGUCUCAAAUGAGUGUGAGAAGAGUUGAGGGGAAAGAUAAUGAAUUUACAAUUUCUGGACGUCGAACGUUGGAACUUACAGCAAUUGAAGAUGGUGUAUGUCAUGGACUUUUAUUUUGGUGGGUGUUAAAGAUGGAUUGCGAAGGAAAUAUUGAACUGAGCACAGCCCCUAAGUGGAUUGAUAAUAAGUCUAAUCAUAAUCUUCAGUGGCGUGAUCACUGGAUGCAAGCUGUCUACUUCUGUCCUCAAUCCAUCUCAGUUACUAAAGGAAAAUCUAUAUCUAUUGAUGUUUCACAUGAUGAAUACAACAUUUGGUUUAAUGUAAGCUCAAGUAGCCCAAGAACAAAUGCAACUAGUGACGUUGACAAGUAUUCACAUCAAUUAUGCUGGGAUAAAAUGCGGUUAUCCGGCUUAAAUAAUGUUGAAAAGCAACGGAAAUAUUACAAUGUUAUUAGAAAGCAUAUACAGAAUAGUUUCAAUGUUCAUUGCGUAUCAGUUGGAGAUGGAUCUUUAUUACCUUUGAUGGCUGCAAGUGCUGGGGCUCGUAAACUCGUUAGAGCCAAUGGAUUGAAUAAAAAAAUCAUGAUAUCUCCAAGAAAUCUGGCUGAUAUUGGAAGUGAUGAUUUGUUGGGUAACAAAAUUGAUAUUUUACUAGGUGAACCAUACUUUGGUGGUAGUGUAUUUUCUUGGUAUACGUAUUGGUAUGCUAGAACAUCUCUUGAGAAUUUUAUGGCCGAUAAGGUGGCUGUCAUUCCAGCAUUUGCAAUUAUUCGUGCAAUAGCAGUAGAAUUAGAUCACAAUUGGUUAUUACGUUCGCCGAUCUCUGACGUAGAAGGAUUUACUAUGGGAGGUUACAAUGACCUAUUAGAUAUUGUCAAAUCUAGGUUACCUAAUACUGAUUGUAAUCACGAGAUCGAGGCUAUACCUCUUUGGGAAUACCCUUGCAGGGCACUAACUGAUAAAUUUGACCUCUUGCGCUUCGAUUUUUCUAAGCCUCUGCCUAUGAAUACUGUAGUAAACAGUGGUAAACUUCAAUUUAAACGGUCUGGAAUUUGUCAUGCAAUUGUCAUAUGGCUAGACUACUUCCUUGAUGAAGAAGAGGUUGUUUCUACAGGAUUAAAUCAGGUGUCUGAUGACGAUCACGGUACCAUUGAAUGGUGUAAAGAUUAUAAGCAGGGCAUUAUUAUCCUUUCGCAACCUGAAAAUAUUCAGAAUUCUGCAGAUGAUAGGGAUAUUUAUUUUAAUGCUAUUUUUAAUCCAGAUGAAGCUAAUGUUCAUUUCAAAUUUAAGCUAAAACAUGCAGAAAUAAUAACCAACUGGGAAAAUUAG